AUGCCACCCCAACCAACCCAACCCCCGGCCACGGCCCAACGCACCCUCCGCCUCAUAAACCUCAUCACCUUCCCCCCAGCCUUCAUCAUGCUCUUGCUCCACGGUAUUUUGCGCGGCGGCUCCUUCCCCGCCCUCGCGCUCAUCCCGCUCGCCAUCUCCGCCCUGCUGGCCCUCUACCUCCUCAACCCAAACGCUGUGACGGCAGGAGGCAGCUCGAUCACGCUCGCGGAAGGCCAUGUGGCGGUGCUGGAUUUCGCGCUGGGGGUGUGGUUGUUUGUGAUGUGUGUGUGCUGUUGGGUCGAGGUGCCGAAGAAUCGGUAUGAUGGGCCCCAGGUGAUGUUGGGGACGUAUGGGAGUGUGUGGGUCAUGGUGAAUUGUGCUAUACAUGUGUAUGUCGCUGUCUUGAGGCUUCCUGAGGCUAUUAAGAUGUUUGCGACACCGGAUCCGGAAAGGGGACAGAGAAGAUUCAGGGUGGAGAAUGGGUAUGUGAGGUUAGGGAGGGAAGGAGGACUGCCUGUUUAUCAGGAUGGUGACAGGACGCCAUCGACGCCGGCUAGUACGUCUGAGCAGUGA